AAUAAAAAGUAUAUUUGCAUUAAAUAAACAUAUUCAAAUGAAAAAAAAAGAAGAUGCAGCAACAGAGUAACAAUGGGUGGUGCUUCACUUCUCCAAGAUUCCCUGCCAUAAAAACGCAGCCGCGAUAGUGUCUCCGAUCACAAGUUUGCAUUCUGUUCUCUAUGGUUUCUUCGAUUUCAUUAACCUAAAAAACAUACAAUGUACUUGAAAGACGGUUAUUCCCUCUUACUAAAACAUCGCAAACCGUCAAUCCCCUUCGUGCUCCCCACGCGCCACCUCGAACCGCCACCCUCCUCCCCCAUACCCGAGCCCCACGUCGCCCAAGCGCUUCGCCGCGAGUCUGACGUCACGCGUGCUCUCCAAUACUUCCAACACGUGGCCACUUCCACGGUCUUCAAGCACACGCCUUUAACCUACCACAUCAUGAUCGAGAAACUCGGAAGCAGCAACGUCGAAAUCGACAGCAUUCACUAUCUCCUUCAGCAGAUGAAAAUCGAAGGCGUCCCCUGUUCUGAGGGCUUGUUCAUAUGCGUUUUGAACUCUUACAAGAGAGCUGGGUUGGGCGAGCGGGCUCUGAAGUUGUUUUACAGGAUCAAGGAGUUUGGGUGUAAGCCCACUGUGAAAAUUUACAACCACUUGCUCGAUGCGCUUGUUGGUGAAGCUGAAAACAGGUUUCACGUCAUUGGGGCUGUUUAUGAGAACAUGAAGGGUGAAGGGUUGGAGCCUAAUGUGUUUACUUACAAUAUUCUUUUGAAGGCACUGUGUAAAAAUGGGAAGGUGGAUGGUGCCUGCAAGCUGCUUGUGGAAAUGUCCAAGAGAGGGUGUGUCCCGGAUAAGGUCAGUUACACGACUGUUGUGGCGGGGAUGUGUAGGGAUGAUCGGGUGGAUGAGGCGUGGGAGGCGGCGAAGAGAUAUGGGAAUAUGGUGUCUGUUUGCAAUGCUUUGGUUUGUGGAUUGUGCAAGGAGGGGAGAAUUGGGGAGGUGUUUGGUUUGGUGAAUGAGAUGGUGGGGAAAGGGAUUGAUCCUGAUGUUUUGACUUACUCUAGUGUCAUUAGUUGCCUUUCGGAUAUUGGGGAGGUUGAGUUGUCGCUCGCUGUUUUCGGGCAGAUGGUAAGGAGAGGUUGCAGGCCAAAUGCUCACACUUUUAGUUCUUUGGUGAAAGGGCAUUUCUUUAGAGGGAGAGUGGGGGAGGCGGUUGGGUUGUGGAGGUUUAUGGUUUUGGAGGGGGUUCGGCCGAAUGUUGUUGCAUACAACACGCUGUUGUAUGGUCUGUGCUGUAAUGGGAAUGUGGAUAAGGCUGUGAUGGUUUGUAAUCAGAUGGAGAAGGAUAGGUUUUGCAGGCCUAACGUGACCACGUAUAGUACAAUUGUUCAUGGGUUUGCGCAGGCUGGCGAUUUGCAGGGCGCUUCUGAAACGUGGAACAGGAUGAUAGAUCGUGGGGUUCGGCCUAAUGUGGUGGUGUACACCUCCAUGGUGGAUGUUCUUUGUAAGAAUUCUAUGUUUGACCAGGCUUAUCGGCUUAUUGAUAAUAUGGUUUCUGAUGGUUGUCCUCCUACUGUUGUUACAUUCAACACGUUUAUCAAGGGCUUGUGUCGUGGAGGGAGAGUGCAAUGGGCUUUGCGUGUGGUUGAUGAGAUGCAGAGUUAUGGAUGUUUUCCAGAUAUAAGAUCCUAUAACGAAUUGUUGGAUGGGCUGUUUUGCGCAAAGGGUUUUAGAGAAGCUUGCGAGCUUAUUAGAGAUUUGGAAGAGAGGAAGGUGGAGCUAAAUUCUGUCUCUUACAACACUAUUAUGUGUGGAUUUUCUAGUCAUGGAAUGCAGGAAUUGGUUUUGCAGGUUUUGGGGAGAAUGUUGGUAAAUGGUGUGGAGCCAGAUGCAGUUACGGUUAAUAUAGUUAUUUAUGCAUACUCCAAACUGGGUAAGGUUAAAACUGCCAUCCAGGUUUUGGAUAAAAUAACAGCGGAAAAGGAAUUAUGUUCCGACAUAAUAGCACAAACUAGCGUCUUGUGGGGCAUAUGCAAUUGGUUAAGCAUUGAAGAGGCAGUUGUUUAUCUAAAUAAAAUGUUAAAUAGUGGAAUAUUUCCCAAUAUUGUCACUUGGAAUGUGCUAGUACGAGGCUUCUUUAACAAAUUGGGUCAUAUGAGACCAAUCCGCAUCUUGGAUGAUAUCUUGGGCAAUGGAUAAUAUAGUAUAUGAUUUUUCAGCUUCUUCUAAGGUAAAAUAUUGGCCUUCAAGAUAUUUCCAACCAUAUGCAACAGAUGACCAUGUCACUUGGUGUGAUUGCAAGUGGAUGGAAUGAAUGUGAUUGGAAAGAUCACUUGGUGAGUGCGAUAUCGUAUUUUUGGAUCCCGAAAACUGGUUAUGACUUUUGAGGGAUAGAGACAACAAAAGACAUAAAGGAAUGAAAAAGGAACGAAUGUUUACGAGUGCAUAUUUAUUAUUUAAAUUCGAUUUUUUUAUAGAAUUUUGGUUUAAAUGAU